AAUCUUUUUUAUUGUACUUCAUUUUACGUGUUUUUUUUUUCAUUUAACAAAAACAGCUAAUAAGUUUUUUCGCCAACAUUUGGCAACACUGCUUGCACAGCAACAACAAACCGAGCAAAAGGUGUAAACAAACCGAUUUGGAGUCGCGGAAUUCACCUGCCUUUUAUCAUCCCCGGAAGCCAGGCCCAACCCCCUAGCAGAAAAAUGUCCGGCAAGGACGAUCGAUCCAAGGAGAAGCGGAGGAACAUGAAGCAGUACAAUCAUCACCACAAGAAGGACCAGCCAAAGGGCCAAGGACGCUCGACGACUACAUCUUCGGGUUCGCCACCGCCGAACUCACGGCGCAGCAUGGUCGAUGUGGCGGAUUCCAGCGACGAACCGAGAUUCCCGCCGCGCGGCAAUUGGCAAUCUGGGGGAGCUGGACGUAGCGUCCUGGCACCGCAACGAAACCGUGAUCUGCUAAAUACACUGCCCAGUGACACGGACGACGUGGAUCAGCAGCAUCUGGGCCUGGACGGGGCGCCCAUUGAUGAGAAUGCCCGUGCCCAGCUUCGGGCGGGCGAUUUCCAACAACUUGCGCAGUUCCCGAGCCUGGGUGGCGGCCACUUCACCUUCGGCUCCGAGCGCGAAUGGAACAGCGUGGCCGAGGGCCAGACCAAACUCCACACCAAGGCCGCUAGCAGUUACUUCACCCUGAACCUAAGCCGACUGAAUGCUGGCCUCCAAACGAUUCCGUUUUACAAGCGCAUGGACUACUCGGCGAGUAUGUUCACGCGCCAGCAGAUUAUCGCCCAGGAGGAGGCCGCUGAGCGCGCAGAGACCGUUUACCAGCAGCGAAUCCUACAGGAUGCCAAUGGCGGUGGCGCCAAGUCACGAGCUCCUUCAGCCAAGUCCACUAAGGCAGCUCAUAGUCCUACACCCGCAAUCUCUGCUGCGGCUGCCUCUGCGGAGCCCGAUGAGCUCGAUGAGCUGUUGGCCAUGACUAAUACGCAAAUGGAUAUAAGUUCCGGUGGCAUUGGACCCAUUACCAUGCCCAUGCCCAUGCCAAUGGUGCAGCCGGCCACGCCCUCAUCGGCGGCCAGUAAAAACGAGGUGGAACAGUGGCUGGACUCAGUCUUGGAUGAGUGAACUUGGAUUGAUCUGGAGAAGAUCUGAACUUGCUACGCUUACAACGCAAACGAGCUAAUUGAAAUCACCAAGUGCGCUUAGCUUUUGAAUCCCGAAAGUUUGUUCCUUGAACUCUAUUAUAUAUAGUUCCAAAUUGUCAAUUUUAAAUGAAAAGCUAUAGCUUUUUUAAUGUAUACAUUAAAGCCACCAAAAUGCUUAGCUUUAAA